AUGAAUAAGAGAGAUUGGUCAUUCAUGACAAUUCAAAGAAAUGCCAGCUCAGAUAAUAUGGAAUUCCACAUGAAAAAUGGAAUGAGACAUUCCAAAUAUAAGCCAGCAGACUAUCAGCAGUUGUAUGCCUUAACUGAAGCCAAAAAGUUAGCUUCUGCUUCCACAGAGCUGAAGAUAAGAAAAGCUAUGGAAACAUCAAAGAUGUCUAAAGAACACAUGCUGAUCAAACAACACAAGCAAGUGUGGUGGCAGGUACAGGACCGGCUGAAGGAAAACAGAUGUAAAUUGGAGUCUGAAAUGAAAUAUUUUCUCAAUGAAGAGAACAUUGGAAAUGAAUGUCUUUGUGAACUUAGGAAUUUUGAGCAAGAGCUAUCAGAACAAUGGAGCUCAUACCUUAAAAAUGUGAUCGAUCCCAUUCAUCAGCUGAGAGCAGACCUGAAACACAGACAGCACCACACUUCCCAGCAUGCACCUCACCAUACGGAGUCUAACUCAGCAGUGCUGAAGGAGGUUGAUUCUGUGAAGAAAGAGUUGAAAGCUGUCUUUGAAAGUCUUAAUCUGGAGCAACAGAGAAUAGAAAACCACCUUUCAGACUGGAGUGUGAAAUUGCUAGAAUAUUCUUCAGAUGAAAAAGCUAACCUGCUUAGUGAACUGCCCAUAGAGUUAGAAACUUUGGAAUGUCCGUAUCCUGAUCUGAAAUCGUCAAUCCUUAUUGAGUUCUGUAACUUUAUGGAGAAAUAUCAAAAGAAACUUGAAGAUUUUGAUCUUCAGUUAGAAGAUAUACACAGAAACUUGCAACUAAGUGAAGAAGACCACUGGAUUUACCAGACUGUUUUAGAUCAGUAUUCUGGAAAUCUCCUUGGCAGAAGGACUCUGUAUUUGGACAUGUUACAAAGAUAUUUUCCCCACAAAUCUAGACAUGAUUUGGUAGAACAUGAGAAAUAUUGUGACCGAUAUCGUUUUACUAGAGAGCAGCGAAAAGUCCUGAUAGAAAAUUGGAAUAAGAGCAAGAAGGACUUUAUACAGCAGGCUGUGCUCACUCUCCUUGAGGCCUGUGCAGCUCAUGAAAUGGAGAGCACACUGGCUAAGGACAGGAAAAGGCAACAAGAACUGUGUGCUGCUCUGAAAGCCAAGGUUUCUCGGUGGCGAGCCCACCAGGAAGAGCUAGCAAGACUGGAAAUGGAAAUUGCUGCCAGAAGAAAAGAAAAGAAAGAGGAGAAGGCAGCACUGUGGAAAAAGAAGGAACUGCUGCAAAGAGAGGAGAAGAAGGAAAUGAUAAGAAAACACUGGAUUCAGAAACAACAGAAGUGGCAAGAAAUGGAAAUGAGAGAUCUUCAGCGUCUAGAAGAACUGAAGAAAUUGAUGGCUGAACAGUCAAUAAAAGACAGAGAAAGGGUUAAAUAUAGACAGAAAUUAUUGGAGAAGCGUCUGAUGGAGAAAAAAGAAGUGGCCCUUCAAGAAGCACACAAAGAGGAAGAGAGAGAGAGGCGGCUAGAAGCCCUGCGGAAACAGGUUGCUGUUGUCACUCCAUUUGAUCCAGUUCGAAUGAUGUCAGAUACAAUGGCGUGGAAAGCUAGGGUGGGCAUGGAAAUGAAAGAAGAAUUUAUUCUUAAAAAGCCACUGUUCACAUUGACUACAUACAAUGAGCAACAGAUAAUUUCUGACCCCAGGCUUCGCUUUGAGUUAGCACUUCGAGAAGCUGGACUUCAUAAGACAUUGUAUGCUAAAGAGAUGUUACCAAAAAUCUGUCCUCAGAAACUUCCAAGAAAGGACACGGAGUCAACUGUAUUUAAAUCCUAGAGCUCAUAUGUAAACACACACACACACACACAUACACACACACACACACACACACACACACAUAUAUAAAUGAUUACCACUUCUAAAGGUUUAAAAAAUGCCAGGCAUAGAAAUCAUAGCAUUCUAUUAAACAAUUUUGUCUUUUUUAUGAUUUUUUAUGAAUUAUUUCAUUUAUCUUUAAGUUGCAUUUAUUAUUACCCAAUUUGCCAGGAUUAAGGGCUUUUGUUAUAUAUACUGUCAUUUAGUAAACUGUAUUUGGAAAUUGUUUAGCCUAUGAAAAGUAGCUCAAGAUAACCGUUUGUGAGAAAUAUAAAUUACACAGCUGACAUUCAUUUCUACUUGUUAUUUUGCCAUCUGACUUUUAAUUAUGGGAGCUUCAUUAUCAUUAAUACUUCUAUUAUUUUUUGAUCAUUAGAAAGUUCAACCUUUCUCUAAAUUUAGAAACCAAUUUGGUACAUCAUGUUUACUGCAAACCAAUCAUCCGAACAAUCUCACUUUGCAAAUUUGCCUUAAGAAUACAUUAGAAUUAAUGUUCCAAGCAUGGGACUACCUAUUUUGGCUUUGGGGAAAAUGUCUGCAGGUUUAUCUAGAAGGAAUUCUUAAAAUUUUAUGAUACCCAAAAUGCUGUCAAAAGUUCCAAACUAAGAAAAAAAAAUCUAGAUGAUUUUCUGGAAAAGGAGUAUUCAAAUGAAGCCCAAACAUAUAUUUUUGGCUAUUUCUGAAAAACGGGUAAAUCCUGUUGUUAAAAUUUGCUGGUUGCCAACAGUAUUAAGAAGUCUGUCCACUUUUUUUUCUGUAUUGCCGUUCCCUGUUUUUCCCACCCGCCUCUA